GACAAAGACAGUUCAGAGAAGACAGCAGGUCCUGGAAGAAUCGCUGCUCUUGAGAGAAGGAUGCUACAGCUGAGCCUGUCCUGGCUGGGACUGGGGUCCACGGCUGCGUUCCCAUGGCAUCUCCUGUUGCUGGGUGGGGCCUCCUGGAUUCUGGCCCGAAUUCUGGCCUGCAUCUACAUCUUCUAUGACAACUGCUGCCGCCUUCGUUGCUUCCCUCAGCCUCCUAAACCAAACUGGUUUUGGGGUCAUUUGGGCAUGAUGAGGAGCAACGAGGAAGGCAUGCAGUUUGCAGCACACUUGGGCCACUACUUCCGUGACAUCCACCUCUGCUGGUUUGGACCUGUCUACCCUGUCCUGAGGCUCAUCCACCCGAAGUUCAUUGCUCCCCUGCUCCAGGCCUCAGCUGCUGUUGCGCCCAAGGAAAUGACGUUCUAUGGCCUCCUGAAGCCCUGGCUGGGGGAUGGGCUCCUGCUGAGUUCAGGUGACAAGUGGAGCCGCCACCGCUGCCUGCUGACGCCUGCCUUCCACUUUGACAUCCUGAAGCCCUAUGUGAAGGUUUUUAACAAGAGUGUGAACAUUAUGCAUGCCAAGUGGCAGCACCUGACUGCCAAGGGCAGCGCCCGUCUGGACAUGUUUGAACACAUCAGCCUCAUGACCUUGGACAGUCUGCAGAAAUGCAUCUUCAGCUUCGACAGCAACUGUCAGGAGUCUCCCAGUGAAUACAUUGCUGCCAUUUUGGAGCUCAGCUCCCUCAUCAUGAAACGGCAGCGCCAGCUCUUCCUGCGCUUGGACUUCCUGUACUACCUCACUGCUGACGGGCGGCGCUUCCGCAAGGCCUGUGACCUGGUGCACGACUUCACAGAUGCUGUCAUCAGGGAGAGACGCCGCACCCUCCAUAGCCAGGGUGUUGAUGAAUUCGUGAAGGCCAAGGCUAAGUCUAAGACUUUAGACUUCAUUGAUGUGCUCUUGCUGGCCAAGGAUGAACAUGGAGAGGAGCUGUCUGAUGAGGACAUUCGGGCAGAGGCUGACACCUUUAUGUUUGGAGGUCAUGACACUACAGCUAGUGGGCUCUCCUGGACCCUGUACAACCUUGCGAGGCACCCGGAAUACCAGGAGCGCUGCCGGCAGGAGGUGCGGGAGCUGCUGAGGGACCGUGAUCCAGAGGAGAUUGAAUGGGACGACCUGGCCCAGCUGCCCUUCCUGACCAUGUGCAUCAAGGAGAGUCUGCGGCUGCAUCCUCCGGUCACAAUGAUCUCCCGAUGCUGCACCAAGGACGUUGUGCUGCCAGAUGGUCGGGUCAUCCCCAAAGGGAAUGUCUGUGUCAUCAGCAUUUUCGGGGUUCAUCACAACCCUUCUGUCUGGCCAGAUCCUGAGGUCUAUGACCCCUUCAGAUUUGACCCAGAAACCCCACAGAAGAGGUCGCCUCUGGCUUUUAUUCCCUUCUCUGCGGGGCCCAGGAACUGCAUAGGACAGACUUUCGCCAUGAGCGAGAUGAAGGUGGCGCUGGCGCUCACACUACUGCGCUUCAGUGUCUUGCCAGACGACAAGGAGCCGCGCAGGCAGCCGGAGCUGAUCCUGCGCGCGGAGGGCGGGCUGUGGCUGCGGGUGAAGCCGCUAAGCACGGUUGUAGAAUCGGAAGACGAUUGUUCCUCAAGCUUGGAACACUGGAGGAUGGUGUUAAAUAAUGUUCAGGGCUUGUGAUAGCUAAAGCAGCUAAAAUUUAAAUGAAAUCAUACUGACAGGCUACCCCGCUUUCUUUUGUCUUUUCAGCAACCUUGCUGAAAUAGCAGUCUCUCACUGUUUGCAGGAGGCUCUGACAAGCUUACCUUAUCGAAUCAUUUCCAGGCUUUGACUUCUCUUUUCCCGUCACAAGACCAUUAAAACUGAAGUUCAGGGGCUAGAGUUCAGAGGUUAAGAGCACUGGUGGUUCUUCCAGAGGUCCUGAGUUCAAUUCCCAGCAACUACAUACAUGGUGGCUCACAGCCAUCUAUAAUGAGAUCUGAUGCGCUCUUCUGGUGCUCAAGUAAACAUGGAAACAGAACCUUGUAUACAUAAUAAAUAAAUUAAGUCUUAGAAAAAAUUAAGCCUUGGCUUUUGCUCUAGGCAUGCUUAGUUUAAAAAAAUAAUUGAAUUUCAGCUGGGCAUGGUGGCACAUGCCUAUCCUUCCCCCAACUCAGGAGACUGAAGGAAAGGAUCAUUAGAGACCAAUGAUUGAAGUCAGCCUGGGCUACACAGUGAAAUACUGUCUCAAAGCUGGGCUCAGGUCUAUUGGUAGGAUGGUUGCCUAGCGUGCAGGAAGUCCUGGGUACCAAACCCAGCAUCCCAUAAUCGUGUUACAAGACUAAAAUUUAGUACUUGGGAGCUGGAGGUAGAGGUCAGAAAUUCAAGGCCAUCCUUGGCUACAUAAGU